AUGCUCUCCCGUGUUGCUGCAGUGAAGGCACCCCGCACACACAACCGUCGCCGUGUGACCGGAUCCAGCGGGAGGAGGAGGGAAGGAAGAGAGAGUGAGCCGCAGAGGCCCAACAUGUCCCGGCGUGCGUUUGCUUCCGCGGUGCUGCUCCUUCUCGUGAUGUGGAUGAUGUGCUGCGGCAGUGGAGUUGCGCACGCUGAGCAGGCAGUGGCCGCUGUUGAUCCUUUUACAGGGACGACGUCGAUACCGCUUGCUAAUUGGAAGGAGUUUGACGAAGCCAGCAGGGAAAUCACCUCGCUCCGUGUU